AAUUAUGACAUCUUGUUCAACGAAAUGAUAAUUUUAAACCAUUUGAAGCAUAUUUUCUGAAAUAUGUGAACAAUUUUUUAGGAAAUCUCAUGAGGUGGCAUCAUUUGCCUGGAUUUCCCGCCAUACCCAGAGUUAAAUGUUGCUUUCGUUGCUGUUUGUUUUGAUUAAAAGCAUUGAUGAUUUAGUCUGUGAAAAUUGUCAAUAUGUUUAUUAAACAGAUUGUUAUUCAAGGCUUCAGAAGCUACAGAGAACAAACUGUUGUGGAACCUUUCAGUCCUCGUCACAAUGUGAUAGUUGGUCGAAAUGGAUCUGGGAAAAGUAAUUUUUUCUAUGCCAUUCAGUUUGUACUGAGUGAUGAAUUUUCUCACUUACGACCUGAGCAGCGCCAAGCCUUGAUGCAUGAAGGUACUGGUCCUCGUGUCUUAAGUGCUUAUGUGGAGAUCAUUUUUGACAACUCUGAUAAUCGAUUGCCGAUUGAAAAGGAAGAAGUAUCCCUUCGAAGAGUCAUUGGGUCAAAGAAAGAUCAAUAUUUUUUAAAUAAAAAGAUGGUCACGCGUACAGAUGUCAUGAAUCUUUUAGAAAGUGCUGGAUUUUCAAGGAGUAAUCCUUAUUACAUUGUAAAGCAAGGAAAGAUCAAUCAAAUGGCAACAGCCCCAGAUUCGCAGCGCUUGAAAUUGCUUCGAGAAGUUGCUGGAACAAGAGUUUAUGAUGAAAGAAGAGAAGAAAGUAAAAACAUUCUGAAAGAAACUGUUGGCAGAACAGAAAAAAUUGACGAUCUUCUGAAAUACAUUGAAGACAGAUUAAAAACACUAGAGGAAGAAAAAGAAGAACUAAAAGAAUAUCAAAAAUGGGAUAAGAUGAGAAGAUCUUUGGAAUAUACAAUUUAUGAUCAUGAGCUGAAAGAUGCCCGAAAGAAGUUAGAUGAGCUUGACAACAAAAGAGAAACAAACAGUUCAACUACAGAAAAACUGAGGGAAGAUGCACAACAGGCAGCUGAUCAAAUAAAAAAAUUAAAUAAAGACUUAAGAGACAUCAAAGGCAAAACCCAGUCCUAUCGAGAGGAAAAAGAAGCUUUGAACCAUGAACAGCAGUCUCUUUUUAAAGAGAAAACUCGCUUAGAACUGACUAUAAAAGAUCUUAAAGACGAGGUUGAAGGUGAUGACAGUUCCAGAAAAAGAGCAGAAAGAGAAUUAGAUAAACUGAAAGAAACUAUUGAAGUGAAAUUAAAACAGUUGGAAGCAAUUCGUCCCAAAUAUGAAGAGGAGAAGAAAAGAGAAGAGGUUGCAACGAGAGAGCUAAGUUUAAAGGAACAAAAAAGAACAGAACUUUAUGCAAAGCAGGGGCGAGGAAGCCAAUUUACUUCUAAAGCUGAGAGAGAUAAAUGGAUUCAGAAGGAAUUGAAGUCUCUUCAGAAAGCUAUAAGAGACAAAAAAGAUCAGAUUGAACGCCUCCAAGAAGAUUUUACUAAAGAUGUAGAGAAAAAGAAAACGUUAGAUGCUAAAAUAGAGGAAAAAACAAAAGAAAUGGAAACUCAGCGAGAAAGUAUUGAUAAUCAAAAUAAGGGUUUUUAUGAAAUGAAGAAGAAAAAGGAUUCUCUUCAAAGUGAAAGAAAUGAGCUUUGGAGGCAAGAAAAUGCUAUGCAGCAAAAUUUAUCAAUGCUGAAAGAAGAGUUGUCAAAGAAAGAUCAAGGUUUAAGAUCAAUGACCGGAAAGGCUACUUUGAAUGGACGUGAUAGUGUAAAAAAAGUACUUCAAACAUUUCGAGACAAAGGAGGAACCCAUGAACAGAUUGCCAAUUCGUACUAUGGGAUGCUUAUUGAGAAUUUUGAUUGUGAUAAGACUAUUUAUACAGCUGUGGAAGUCACAUCUGGAAACAAGUUAUUUUACCAUAUUGUUGAAACUGAUAAAAUUGGUACAAAAAUUCUCCAAGAAAUGAACCGUCAGCAAUUACCUGGUGAAGUUACUUUCAUGCCGUUGAACAGAUUGAUGUAUAAAGAUGUGCAAUAUCCUAAUACAAAUGAUGCCAUUCCAAUGAUCAGUAAGUUGAACUACGAGCAGAAGCAUGAAAGAGCCAUGAAGUACAUUUUUGGGAAAACUUUAAUUUGCCGAAACCUGGAGGUUGCCACACAGAUUGCUCGAACAUCAAAUUUAGAUUGCAUUACACUUGAAGGAGAUCAAGUGUCUCAUAAGGGAGCAUUAACUGGUGGUUAUUUUGAUACUAGAAAAUCUAGGUUAGACCUACACAAAGCCCACAUGCAACUUGUAACAGAAAUCACUGAGCAAGAGAGGCAAUUGACCCAGCACAGGAAAACCCUUACAAGUAUUGAAAAUGAAAUUAAUCAAAUAGUGAGUGACAUGCAAAAAGCUGAAACAAAAAACAGCAAAAACAAGGAUGUGUUUGACAAACUGAAAGCUGAUAUUCGCUUAAUGAAAGAAGAAGUUUCUACUCUAGAAAGAUCUCAUCAACCUAAGGAAAGAAGUUUAACUAGUCUGGAUUCUAGUCUUAAAUCAAUGCAAUCAACUGAACAGUCUCUGAAGAGUGAGCUGCAACAGGAUUUGUUAAACCAAUUAUCUGUAACUGAUCAGCAAGAAGUUGAUAAUUUAAAUGAUGCAAUAAGAAGGCUUACUCAAGAAAACAAAGCAGCUUUCAGCGAAAGAAUGAGGUUGGAAGCUGAGAAAAAUAAACUAGAAAAUUUGUUGCACAAUAAUCUGUAUAGAAGAAAAGAAGAAUUAGAAGGAGCUUUGCAAGAGAUUUCUGUGGAAGACAGACGUAGAAAAUUAGAAAAUAGUAAGGCUGAGUUAGAUGCUAUUACAAUUCGGAUAGCUGAUGUAAACAAAAAUACAAAAGAAUUGGAAACAAAAUUUGAAAAAUUGAAUUCAGAAAUGAAAAGUAUUCAGAAAGACCUAGAAGGCUGGAAGGCGCAAGAGAAAGAAAAUCAGGAAAAGAUGAAUGAAGAUGCAAAAGAGUUGGAAAAAAUGACAAGUAAACAAUCUGUCCUUUUGAAAAAGAAAGAAGAGUUUACUCGUAAAAUACGAGAAUUGGGUUCCUUGCCAUCUGACGCCUUCGAGAAAUAUCAAAAUCUUAGUUAUAAGCAGCUAUACAAAAAGUUAGAGCAGUGUAAUCACGAACUUAAAAAGUACAGUCACGUGAACAAAAAAGCUUUAGAUCAGUUCAUUAGUUUUUCUGAACAGAAAGAAAAACUUGUUAAUAGAAAAGGCGAAUUGGAUCGAGGCUACACGUCAAUUAUGGAAUUGAUGAAUGUGCUGGAGUUGAGAAAAUAUGAAGCAAUUCAACUUACAUUCAAGCAAGUUUCAAAAUAUUUCAGUGAAGUUUUUAAAAAGUUGGUUCCUCAAGGUCAUGCUACCUUAGUUAUGAAAACUGAAAAUGAUGAUGGUGAUACUCAGGGUGCUAAAGCUCAGUCAGUUGAACAAUUCAUUGGUGUUGGAAUAAGAGUUUCUUUUACUGGGAAAUCUGGAGAAAUGAAAGAGAUGCAGCAACUGUCUGGUGGUCAAAAAUCUUUGGUUGCCUUGGCACUCAUUUUUGCUAUUCAAAAAUGUGAUCCUGCCCCAUUUUAUCUCUUUGAUGAAAUUGACCAAGCACUUGAUUCACAGCACAGAAAAGCUGUGUCAGAUAUGAUUCAUGAAUUAUGUCAAGAUGCACAAUUUAUUACCACUACUUUCCGGCCAGAACUUCUAGAUAAAGCAGAUAAAUUUUAUGGUGUUAUGUUCAGAAAUAAGGUGAGUCAUAUUGAAGCUGUGUCACAGGCAGAAGCGAGAGACUUUGUCGAGGAUGAUACGCCACACGGAUGAAAGUGCCACAUUUUUUUCAUCUCUCGAAGCAUUUUAUGUGCGGAAAGUGACUCUCCGAUACUGUGCCCGGUGCCGUGCACGCGCAAUGAAGAUGAAUGUUACCCAAGUCCGGAACUUGCUGUCAAGAGUAGCAUUUGGAACUUCAUAUCAACAUUUGUACAUACCUCUCAUUUAUUACUCAUCUGUUUUUCAUCCUGUAAAAACUCAUCUUCUUUGUAAGCUCGAAUAGCCACCGAAGGUUUUAUAACAUCUUUAUCAUCUCAUUUGGUGGGGAAUGUAUAGUUACUGUCAUUUUCUGGACUGUGAGAGUGCUGCUUUCGUCUCGAAAAGGGCCAUUGUACAAAUAUCCGAAGCUCGCCGGGACGGCCGAAAUGCGCUUGCCGAAUUGUUAAGAGAAAGCACUGUGAUUUUAAAUAUUUCGAAUUCUAUUUUGCAAAUAUGAAAAUAUUGCCAGAUGUCGGACAUUUUUUAGGAAACUGGUUGGUAUUAGAGAUAUUAUUUUGAUUACUGUUUUGGAAAUAGUGUAUAUAAUUUAUAGGAAAUAUGCUUAUACUCGUUCCGUGGAUUUGAGAUGUUUAAGUGAAGAUGACUUUGUUGUAAUUUUCUUCCUUUACGGGUUAAUCUUGAGGCAUAGACAUUGAAUUUUAAUUCCUUCUAGU